AAUCAUCUUUCUCCUUCAAUGUGAGUGGACAAGCAGAGAGAGAUUCAAUGAACAAGACGACUUGCCGUUGGAUCGCUUUCUCUUCCUUGAAAAAUUCGUCGAAGAAUCUCUACUGAUUUCAAACAAUGACGAGUUCAGAUUCGAGCUCUUCUCCUUCAUCAUCCGCCACCGAUUUCGCCGAUCCGAACCCUAGCACCGAUCCCGGGACGAAUUCGGAGCGUGUUCAAAGUCAAUUAGAGUCAAUGAAUCUCUCUGAGCCAAGCGGAGUCUCUGAUGAUGAUGAUGACGAUGAUGACGAGGAGGUUGCGUCGGCCAACGGGAAUGAAGGCAACGGAGGAGAGGAGAUAGAGGCGUCUCCAAGGGCGGAGCAUCCGGUGGAAAUGGAGGCAGGGGAGGAGCCGCCGAGUCCGACGAGCAGCGGUUACGAUGGGGAGAGAGGGAGCAGCGGCGGAGCUGACGACGCCAGCGAGGAUGAGAUCCGGGAAGCUAAUGUGGACGGUGACACCGCCUCGCAGCAUGAAGCCGCGUGGUUGCCUGGGAAACGCCACGUCGACGAGGAUGAUGCUUCUCUUUCAUGGAGAAAGAGGAAGAAGCAUUUCUUCAUAUUGAGUAACUCCGGAAAACCCAUAUAUUCCAGAUAUGGAGAUGAACACAAGCUUGCUGGAUUUUCAGCUACUCUUCAAGCUAUUAUUUCUUUUGUUGAGAAUGGUGGUGACCGUGUCAAUUUAGUCAAGGCAGGAAAACACCAGGUUGUCUUUCUCGUGAAGGGGCCAAUAUACCUGGUCUGCAUCAGCUGUACAGAUGAAACGUAUGAAUAUUUAAGGGGGCAGUUGGAUCUUCUUUAUGGUCAGAUGAUAGUGAUUUUAACAAAGUCAAUAGACAGAUGUUUUGAAAAGAAUGCAAAGUUCGACAUGACACCCUUGCUCGGAGGAACAGAUGCUGUCUUCUCAUCUCUUGUCCAUUCAUUUAGCUGGAACCCAGCUACAUUUCUGCAUGCCUACACUUGUCUUCCCCUUCCGUAUGCGUCAAGGAAAGCUACAGGGACAGUAUUACAAGACGUUUGCGCGUCUGGGGCCCUGUUUGCACUACUAAUGUGCAGACACAAGGUUGUCAGUCUUGCUGGUGCACAGAAAGCUUCUCUCCAUCCCGAUGACUUGCUUCUACUCUCAAAUUUCGUCAUGUCUUCGGAAUCAUUCAGGACAUCAGAAUCUUUCUCACCAAUCUGUCUACCAAGAUACAAUCCUCAGGCCUUUUUGCAUGCCUAUGUCCACUUCUUCGAUGAUGAUACAUAUGUGAUGUUGCUUACCACGCGUUCAGAUGCCUUCUAUCAUCUCAAAGAUUGCAGGGUUCGCAUCGAGGCUGUUCUUCUCAAGUCAAAUAUCCUUACAACGGUUCAAAGAUCAAUCGCUGAAGGUGGAUUGCGUGUUGAGGAUUUGCCAAUAGACCGCCGGCUUAGACAGAAACCAUCAUCUACCAGUAAUGAGGGACAAGUUUCAACAGAGGUAUCUGUGGGAACUGGAGGUCCCUUUGGACUUUGGCAUUUCAUGUAUCGCAGUAUAUACUUAGAUCAAUACGUUUCCUCUGAGUUCUCACCUCCAGUAACUAGUCACAGACAACAAAAAAGUCUAUACCGAGCAUACCAGAAACUCUAUGCUUCGAUGCAUGAGAAAGGAUUGGGACCCCACAAGACUCAAUAUAGAAGAGACGAAAACUACACUUUGCUAUGCUGGGUGACACCAGAUUUUGAACUCUACGCAGCAUUUGAUCCCCUUGCAGACAAGGCGAUGGCGAUAAAGAUAUGCAAUCAGGUAUGCCAGAGGGUAAAAGAGGUGGAGAAUGAAGUGUUCUUGCAAGGAGCUAGCCCUUUCUCUUGGUGAUAGAUAUAUAUAUAUAUAUAUACUUUUGGUUUUCUUCUACUAUGUUUGGUUUGACGCUUGUUUUUUUUUACCAAAUCUUGUACUUUUAGCAGCACACCUCCUUUUCUCUGCUUCUUAAAUAACAAGGCAAUAAUGUGUAAUUCAUUGGUAACCAGAAAGCUCUUGUGAUGCUUUUCUUCUGUCAGACCUCGUUUUGUAAUUAAUCAGACUGAAUAAUAAUUAAACAUUUAGAGUGA